CUCAGAAAAUGUCUAUCACAAAUGACAGUGCAAUAAGAGAAUUCAUUCUUCUGGGGCUUACAGAUCGUCCCGAGCUCCAACCUCUCCUCUUUGUGCUGUUUCUGUGUGUGUACCUUGCCACCCUCUUGGGCAACCUGGGCAUGAUACUAUUGAUCAGGCUGGACUCUCAUCUUCACACACCCAUGUAUUUCUUCCUCACUAAUUUGGCCUUUGUAGACUUGUGCUAUACCUCAAAUGCCACCCCGCAGAUGUUGACUAAUUUCUUAUCAGAGAAGAAGACCAUCUCCUUUGCUGGCUGCUUUACACAGUGUUACAUCUUUAUCGCGCUUCUCCUCACUGAGUUUUACAUGCUGGCAGCAAUGGCCUAUGACCGCUACGUGGCCAUAUGUAACCCUCUGCGCUAUAGUAUGAAAAUGUCCAGGCGUGUCUGCAUUGGCUUAGCCACAUUUCCUUAUGUCUAUGGCUUCUCAGAUGGGCUUUUGCAGGCCAUCCUGACCUUCCGCUUGAGCUUCUGUAGAUCCAAUGUCAUCAACCACUUCUAUUGUGCUGACCCGCCACUGAUUAAGCUUUCUUGCUCUGAUACUCAUGUCAAAGAGCAUGCCAUGCUCAUAUCAGCUGGCUUCAACCUCUCCAACUCCCUCAGCAUCAUCCUGGUGUCCUAUGCCUUCAUUAUUGCUGCCAUCCUCCGGAUCAAAUCAGCAGAGGGAAGGCACAAGGCAUUCUCCACCUGUGGUUCCCACAUGAUGGCUGUGACCCUAUUUUAUGGGACACUCUUCUGCAUGUAUGUAAGACCACCAACAGAUAAGACUGUCGCUGAAUCCAAAAUCAUAGCUGUCUUCUACACCUUUGUAAGUCCGGUGCUUAAUCCAUUGAUAUACAGUCUGCGGAACAAAGAUGUAAAGCAAGCCUUGAAGAAUGUCCUCAGAAGAAAUAUGGUCACUAAGACGGGACUGCCUCCAGUUUCCAAUAAAUCAUAACUAAAUCUUUGGCUUAAAU